AUGGCAUUGCCCCUUCUUCUUCCUCUUCUUCUUCUCCCAUUGUUAGCUGAAUCUAAACUCAGCCUAGACUACUACCAAAAAACAUGCCCCGACUUUCCAAAGAUCAUUCGACAAGUUGUUACGGAUAAACAACUCUCUUCCCCCACCACGGCCGCUGGCGUCCUCCGCGUCUUCUUCCACGAUUGCGUCGUGGGCGGCUGCGAUGCAUCCAUCCUUCUCUCGUCCAACUAUGUCAACGCGACCGAGCGAGACAACGACAUCAAUCGGUCCCUCCCGGGCGAUGCGUUCGACCUCGUUAUACGUGCCAAAACUGCCCUUGAACUCCAGUGUCCCGGCAUCGUCUCGUGUUCCGACAUUCUAGCGGAAGCCGCGCGGGAUUUAGUAACGAUGGUCGGCGGCCCGUUUUAUCCGAUUCGACUAGGGAGAAAAGACAGCCGGGAAUCGAAAUCCACCGAUGUAGAAGGCCACAUUGCACGAGCGAACAUGUCGAUGACACAAAUAAUCGACAUUUUCGCAGGAAAAGGGCUUAACAUUCAAGAAAUGGUGGCAUUAGCUGGUGCACACACUAUUGGAUUUUCACAUUGCUCGGAAUUCAGCAAUAGAAUAUUCAGUUUCAGCAAAACUUCACAGAUUGAUCCAUCAAUGAAUCCUCAAUAUGCAGAAAGGUUACAAAAACUAUGCGGAAAUUAUACGAAGGAUUCAACAAUAGCAGCCUUUAAUGAUGCAAUGACCCCAGGAAAAUUUGAUAACAUGUACUAUGUGAAUUUGCGUAGGGGCUUGGGAUUACUGGCUUCGGAUCAGGCUAUGGCUUCUGAUCCUAGAACAAAACCAUUUGUGGAUCUAUAUGCAGCAAAUCAGACAGCAUUUUUUGAUGCAUUUUCUCGUGUAAUGGAGAAGGUGACUGUUUUUAAUGUUAAGACGGGAAAUAAGGGAGAGGUGAGGAGGAGAUGUGAUGCUUCGAACGGAUUACAAUCCAAUGGGAACCCGACGAAUGCCAACACCAAGCAUUAG